GGUCCCGGUGCCCCCCGCUCCCCGCCGGCCCCCCCGCCGGCCCCUCUCCCCUCACCAUGUCGGCGCCGGGCUGGGCGCCCACGCACGUGCAGGUGACGGUGCUGCGGGCGCGGGGGCUGCGGGCCAAGGCGGCGGCGGGCGGCAGCGACGCGUACGCGGUGAUGGCGCUGGGCCGGGACAAGUUCUCCACGUCGGUGGCCGAGCGCUGCCAGGGCCGGCCCGAGUGGCGCCAGGAGGCCACCUUCGAGCUGCCGCCGCGGGCCGCCGCCGCCGCCGCCGCCCUGCGCCUCACCGUGCUGCACCGCGCCCUCGUCGGCGUCGACAAGUUCCUGGGCCGCGCCGAGGUUGACCUGGCGGCGCUCCGGGGGGACGGCGGCCGCCGGCACACCAGGUGGUACAAGCUUCGCUCCAAACCAGGGAAGAAGGAAAAGGAGAGAGGGGAGAUUGAAGUGGAUAUCCAGUUCAUGAGGAGCAACUUGACAGCCAGCAUGUUUGAUUUGUCCAUGAAAGACAAGUCUCGCUCUCCGUUUGGCAAGAUCAAAGACAAGCUCAAGGGGAAGAGGAGCAGUGGGCUCUCUGACACGGCAUCGGAGAUCGUUCCCAGCACGACUCACUCCCCAGCUGAUAGCGAAGAUGAGUCAGCCGAGAAGGAGAAGAAGAAAUCAAAGUUCAAAACCCUGUUUUCCAAACCUGGCCUGAAGAAGACUUCCCUCUCCCAGUCCAUGUCCGUCCUGCCUACGCCUCAGCCCGGGGCCGAGCGGGUCAGGCUGCGGCCCAGCGACUUUCAGUCGCAGUGGGAUGACGAGGAGUCGGAGACCUCUCCAACCUCAGAAAGAGCCUUUGGAAAUGCCCUGGAAGAGAAGUCUCCUUCUCCAGUACUUAAAUCUCGUAAAACAGCAACUUUGGACAACAGGCAACUAAACCAAACAACCACUAGCAACACCAAGAAAGAAGGGCUCUCCUUAUUCAGCGGCCUUAAAUCCAAAAAUGAUCCGGUCUCCAAGUCCAGUCUGUGUAUCAAUGGCAGUCACGUUUAUAUGGAGGAGAGCGCGCUGAAGGACAGCACUCCAGCGUCUUCCCCCUCUCCUCUCAACUUCAGGAGGAAGCAGCUCUUUGCUUCAGAAGAGAACCUGUCUUCCAGGUCUGCUAAAGGACCUGAAGAGGUGGGCGGAACAUCUCCCAGCAACGCUUUGUCUGGGUCUGCAUCCCUGGAGACCUUUAAAUCCAUGACGUUGCCAUCAUACAAAUUGCUUAGCAGUGAAGAGAAGCUGGAAACCAGCAUGCCCCUGACCGUCGAGGUCAUUAAAGAGACCAAAAAAACGGACCACAAAAAGUCUGCCUUGCUUUCCCUGGUCACAGGGAAGAAGGAAGCAGCGAAAACCAGUGACGCUGAAAGAAUUCCAGAGAGGACUCCGAAGGAAGAGGAAACCAAGGCUGCAGAAGAGAAAAGUGAACAGGAGGCCAAACGUCUUGAGUUUUCAGCAGACUUAAGCAGAGGAAGUCCUCCAGAAGACAGUCACCUAGAAGAAGUCCCCACGAAUAAACAACCGCUCAACCCUUUUGAGGAAGAGCAGAAACCUGAAAAGGCUGCUGCACCAGCGAAGACCAAAGCUGUGAAACCCAGACUGGGCGUGCCUGCACAGGAGGAAACCAAAGCCACGCUUCCUACUCUUGCACCUGACUCCCUUCCCGCUUUUCUUUCUGUACCCCGUAUCAGUAGCGAAAAUAAUCCCUUUAUUUCUAAAACGGGACAAGAAGUCACAGUGCCAGGCUCUGAAAGCAUUACUAGUUCUUCUGCAUCUCUCCCUCCUCCUCUCGCUGCAGAGCUUUUGAGUGGCAAGAACCCCUUCAGUCCCACCUGGGAGAGGGCGUCCCCGGCCCUGGGUUCUGAGCACGCUGCCCGUUUGCCCCACCAUCCCGCAGCCCCUGUUCCCAAAGCUCCCCUUCCCGGGCAGGUGUCUGGUAGUGGCAAUAAUCCUUUCGCUUCUGACUGGGGGCAGGGUCCCGAAAGCUCUGCCACGCGUGCUUCCUGGGCUGCCUCUCCUCCGCCUGCGCCUUCCCUCCCUUCUGGUCGCCACCUCAAUGGCAAUAACCCCUUUGUGUCCCAGCCCGCAGGGGGACCAGGCGUGCCAGGUUGCCAAGCUGUGGCCGGUUCUUCCCCCUUCUGCCCUCCCUGUGACGCAGGCUGUUCCUCCGCGGCACCCCCCGCUGAUCUGAAACGCUCUGUGCUUACCGCUUCAGGGGGCUCUUCAGACGCGGCUGUAACUCGUAACGUAAGGGCUGUGUCAAACCCUCUCGGCGCUCUCUCUGUCGGUCCCGGUCUGGCUCCAGAGCAGUGUGACUCCACGCAGGUCCGGGCAGACGCUUCUUUAAAGGGAGGCAAGGUAGCGGCUAGGCAGUGCGUGUCCUUUCUGCUCGGGGAGUCGCAGCCUGUUCCCUCAGGGGACGAGGGUUUGGGUGGGCAGCGCCACGAGAAGCAGCUCUCUGAUCUCAGGGGGGUGCUACCCACAGGUGCAGACACUGCAGGGAACAGAGCAGGGCUUGCUGACAGGCUGGAAGCAGGGAGCUGCCCAUCGUCAAAGCUCUCUAGGGGCAGCACAAAUCCCAUCCAGAACAGCAAGGCCGCUGCUCAGGACGGUGUGGAAAUAGGCAGUGCGAAUACCGAGCCCUGCACGAAGGGUGGCAAACACUCUGCAUCUCUCUCAGAGUGUAGUAAUAGCCUCUUACCAGGGAACGGAGCUGAACGGCCGCCUUCCUCGGCGAGAGAGCUAAAUGAGAAGCAGGAGACCUUGAGUGAAAAGAGAAGGGAGGAAUGUACACCCACGUUAGAGCCCCGGGCGUCUCCAUUUGACAAAAAUGACUCAUUUUCUCAAGCAGAAUGUACGAAACCAGCCCCGGGAGCUCGCACGCAGCCCCUUCGGGAAGCCGAUGUGGGAAGGGCUGGCAGCGAGGCGUCGGUCACGCCGAAGCCAGCACCACGGCUGUCUUUAACACUGAAGAAGUGCCCACCGGUUUCUCAAAGCGAUGAGUUAAGUGACGUGCCUUCGUCAGCUGAGGGUGUAAAAUCUGUGCGUGGGCUUUCAUUGCAUAACGAGAAACCCUCGGAUGCUCGCGGAUGCCUCCCCCCGAGUGGCUCACUGACAGCUCUCACUCCAGCAAUAAAGCUCAGAGCUGACAGCAGUAACAGGCAUUUAAAAACCGAAGGUGAUGAUGAUUUAUUCGACCGUCUCACAAAUCUGAGGUCUGCCAUUCCGGUUACUGCAGACCAUGGUGUGAAGCUGCCUAGUCUUCCAGUUAUUCCAGAGGGAGGCUCCGAUGACGAGCUGCUGGGUGACUGUCAGGAGAACUGCGGUGUUGCUGCAGGUGAUGAAAAUGUUCUGGAGGCUGGAAAGCUGUCUGUAGGUGCAGUGCCUCUGCGUGAGGAACUGAAAGAGAGCUCUGGUACUUCUGCUGCAGCCGGAGCAACGCUGGCGGCUCCGGGAGGAGGAAAUGCUCCUGGUGUUUGUACGCCACCUGCGAGGGUGCAUGUGCACGGUGUCAAUAACCAGAGAGCCGACUCAGGCCCACGUAUGGCAUCUCAUUCCAGGGAGCGCAGUGGCCGUUUUGAGACACAGGAAUUAAAAAUAGGUGCUGAUGCUGAGGAGCGUGCAGAGAGUGACUUCUCUGAGCCUUCUGUUUCCUCUUCCUCUCUGUCAAGUUCUUCACAGCCCUGCUCUACCUUUCGCUCCUUCUCCUCUGGCACCCCAAGUCAUAGAGCAGAGUCUCCGAAAAAGCCAACAGCAGAGGGCUUCGCAGAUAAAGCAGGAAUUUCUGGCAAGAAGAAGCUUCUUCAGGCAUGGGUUUCACCCUCUGAAACGUAUCCUAACCAAACUCAGCAGGGUGGUGAAACCAUGUCUCCUAAGCACAGACUCCAUCCUGUGAAGCCAAUGAAUGCCACAGCAAAUAAGUCCCAAAGUAAAAACCUGAAUGUCAUCAGCACUAUGAAUGAAAAGCUGAUUGAGAUGAACGUAAAGAAAUACGAUCCUUCAGAUCCUGCCUAUGCUUAUGCUCAGCUUACACACGAUGAGCUGAUCCAGCUGGUCUUGAAACAGAAGGAUACGAUUAGCAAGAAGGAUCUCCAGGUGCGGGAGCUUGAAGACUACAUCGAUAACUUGCUUGUCAGAGUCAUGGAAGAAACCCCAAACAUUCUUCGUGUUUCAACUUCGGGAAACAGAAAAGCUGGAAAGAUGUAAAAGCUCUCUGGACGUUGAACAAAGAACUGAAUUCCCGCCAGCAGAGUUUGAUUAAUAAGGAGACAAUGUGAAGUAGGUGGUACCGGUUGUGCUGCUCACACAAAAUGACCUCUUUCCUGUUUCUGCCUUGAGCAACUAUCACUUUGGUUAGUGGUUACAUCAGGUCUUGUACAGGGAGUCCAGAAGUAGAAUCAACUUACCAUAUUUAUUUUUUUGGCCUUUUUCCAUUAUUUGGGAAGAUUUGUUCAGGCAUCUAGUCCAAAGGAUGAUUGCGAUAGGAAGGUUGAAGGUUUUCUUUGAUACGUUUUCCUUGCCGGCAUUGCUGAUCCUUUAUGAAGAUUUUUUCGUAGUUCAGUUUUGUAGCUGCUUUGAUAGAUCAAUUACUCCUCUGUCCACAUCUUAAGUUAUAGUGCAAUAUAAAAUCUUGUACAGUAGAGCUUGAGGAUUUGAUUUUUUUUUUCUUUAUUGUUUUGAAUAACUACACUGGAGAAGUCCAAAGAUGUAAGCUUCAGAACAGGGCUGCAUGAGCUGGACUUUAAAAGCAAUUAAGGCCCUAAAAGUGGAAUGCAAUUUAAACCAUGGACUGGAAAGUAAGGAACAAAGCUAAAUUAAUGACAUAAUGUAAAUAUGGUUUCAAAGCAGUUCUCCAAGGGGAAGGUUUACAGGUGGUUUUUGGUCAAGGAAACACUGAGAUGUCAUGGUACGUUUGUCUACCAUAGGAAUAAGUAGUAGUAAUGCAUUUGGGCUGAAGGCACCUUAAAUUGGAAGUUGUUCUCCUACAGGCUUCAAAUUCCCGAUUCAAAGCUUGUUCGGAGAAGGAAGAAGGCAAAGGUACAUCUGGUUUCUGUUCCGUAUUCUUAAAUAGGGAUGGAUUUCACUGUACACGUGCGUGGCCUGUGUCACUUGCUUUAUGAAAGUUCAGUGAUAAUUUUGGUAUUACACCGUUGCAGUUUAGUGAAUCUAAGCGCCUUGGAUUUUGGAGCUAGUGCUUACCUUGGAACAACCUUCUGAGGUGAUCAGUCUUAAAACUUUCUUAUAUUUGUUACACAGCUAUCAAAAGAACCAAAUUGCCCUCCCCUUGGGAUGGGAACAGUUAAAAUUCUAGUGCUCAAAUCUGAUUUGGUUUUCUUUGUGACAUGAAGCUCGCAAUGGCAUAAAAAUUUAUGUAGCUGAAAAAGAGUACUGGUUUUGCAAGACAAUCAGAUACCUCGGUCUGCUUCCUUAAUUUGUGGCUUCUUUGCAGCUCAGUAGAGACAGGUAUGUUCUCCCCAUCUCAUCAGGCAGAAAAUAACGGCAUAGCACUGUCAAGCAGCCACAACAGGCUUCCUCUACUGAAAGUUAAAUGUGGCUUUUUUGUGGCGAGCUCUUGCCAAAGAUAACAAAUCAGAUGUGUCUUUGCAGCUCUUAGAUUAAUCAGGGUUGUGAGAGUCCAUCAGAAAUUUAGAAGAAAGUUGAAAUAUCAAAAGAGUGAGUAGCAGAGAACCAAAGUAAACGCUUCUGCCUUCUGAAAUUGAGAUAAUCUAUUUGGUUACUCCAGACGUAGCUCGAAAGGGGUGAGUUUCUAAGGCAAUUUUCCUACAGUAAAGCACUUUAAUGAGGGACUAGCUGGAUUAACUAUUAACCUCUUAGUAGUCUUCUUACUGGUUUCAUAAAACACUGAAAGCUACUGGAGACUUCUCAAAUAGUGUGUUUUUGUAGUGAAGAGAAGUUUAAUAUAUUUGCCUAGAGAUGUACACAUUUAUUGGAAAAUUCAAAAAAUGCCGUUAAUUACAUUCUGUUACUGUAAACUGGCUAACUACCAAAGUCUGGCCUAGCAAUUGAAUCUUUUCUGACAGAGCUCUCCUUCAUGGGAAGCUUGAUUUGAAACAAGCCUUUUUGCUUUAAGUGUUAGGAGUCUUUAGGUACUUCUUUACUGUACCCUCUUCUGUGAAUGAAGGGUCCGAAACACAGAAAUUCUUGGUGGCAUCUUCAGGUCUGGGCUGAUGGUUUUAAUUUUGAGCGGUGCUGGUUGGCAUUACUGGAAAUUGAUGCUGCUUCUCGUGCCUUGAAAUAAUGAGGAAGAUGAAGAAAUAAUUUCAGUUUCUUCCUUGUGCCUCAGUGGAUCUCUGGAAAGAAGUGGUUGCCCGUACCUCAUUAAUAAAUUUGUCUUCUAGACUUUUUUCCACAACUUUCUGGUUUUCUACUUCAAUCAGAAAAACCAGUAGUGCAUUUGAACAAUGGCAUAAAGUUCAAAAUCAAAAAUGGUAUUACUGGUAGUCAUAACUGGACACAUGCUAAGGAAGACUUGGCUUGGUUUUUGCUGUCCUUCUUUUAAAAGAAUAAGGGUACUACCAUGUGGCUGCUGAAGUCACUGUGACGCUGCGUAUGAUGCUCUUGGAGCACGGAUCUCAUGAAGUUCUUACAGUGGAUUGAUUACAUGCAUUCCUUUUGGCAAGAAUAUGUAUCUCGAGGUUGUAUACACACAGACAGAAUGGUAAUAUAUGCUAAUAAUAGUCUCCUUAGAGACGAAGCCUUAAAACUUGUAAUAUCCUCUCUCAGUAGCCUUUUGCUAGGUUCAACUUUGUCCAUUAAGGUGGGCCUCGGGUUGUCUGGCUUUUGCACCUUGGGUGGUUAUCUCCUGUGGUCGCAGGCCUUGCUGCAGGGUGGCGGUCCUGUGCAAGCCACGCUUCUACUUCCAGAGCUGUGAAAACACAGCACAAAUCUCGUACCUCAAUCUUUUAUCAGCAAUACUAUUUAAAGCCUUUCUUUGGCAUAAGGGGACAGGCAUUUUAUGCUCAGCAGGGUGCUUCACGCUGACUUUAAGGGGCCUAAGAAUCAAGUGUAUUGUUUUAUUAUUUUAUUAUUGAAGGAUUUGAAAAUAUUUUUCCCCGUUCAUCAUACUGUCUGCUUUUAGCCUGGGUUGCUGUUUGUUUUUAAAUGCCCUUUGGUUUCAUGGAACACUAAAAUAAAAGAUAUCUCAAUUCCA